AUGAUUGCUGGAUUUGCAUAUCAUGGCCAGCAAGAAAAGGCAUUUGAACUAGUCAGAAAAAUGCAGUCUGAAGAACUGAACCUUGAUGUAUUCACUCUGUCAGCUCUCCUCACUGCUUGUUCUUUUCUUCCUUCAGAGUAUUCAAUAGGAUGCCAUAAAGGGAUCACUUCUCUUGGUCUUCUCUUGUUGCAAUUUGAUGAGAUGCUAAAGGAUGGAUUGAAAAUAGAUAGUUUUGUUGUCUCAUCUCUUCUUGGGGUGCUCUCAAAUCUCAUGUACUUGGAACUGGGCAAGCAAUUUCAUGCUCAAACCAUAAAAACAGGCCUGGAGUUCGACCUUACUAUAGGUAGCUCUUUGGUUACAAUGUACUCAAAAUGUGGUAACACAGGAGAUUCAGAUUCUCAAAAAGUAUUUGAUCUUUUAUGUGCAACAAAUGUUGUGUCUUGGACUGCCAAGAUUGCAGGCUACGCUCAAAAUGGACAAGGUCUUGAGGCUCUUCAAACAUUUGAGCAGAUGCUAGGGAAAGAUAUUGAACCAGAUGCUAUGACUUUUGUUGGGGUUUAG